GGGGGAGGAGGGAGAACGCUUUCUAACAGCCGCCAGAAGACUAUAACUCCCGGCAUGCUGAGGGGUCCGGCGCAAGCGCAGAGCGCGGCUGGGGCUCAGGCCGCGCAUGCUCAGAUUCCAGGUUUCCUUUGACAGCUGCUUAAAGAUGUCUUAAAGCGUUUUUACCGAAGACCUCAAACUGAGAACCUCACAUUCAGUUCCAGCGGCAGUCAGGAAGAAGCAGCAGCAGCAGCAGCAGCCUCCAGGUAGGCAAGCCUACAGCGAAUCACAGGGAGAUGAAUACAUCCUUUUCACUGGCAAUCAACAGCCCUUUCUAGCUCGCAAUCUUUUUGCUGCCCUGGGAAGAUUUAUUCAGCAAUGGAGGAAAUGGGGCUUCAGAUCUGCUUCAAACGGGUCUCUGACUAACUGCACGCAUUCUGUGCUUUGCUGAGUCUCCUCGUUCAUCGCUGACAUGUUUUAUUGUACAGAUUUCUGAUUAAAAUUAUUUUGGCCUAAACGGGCCUUUUAAAAAAAAAUGGAACUCGAUAUGGAAGACCAUUUUUCAGAACAUAGCAAGAAAAUACUUCAUGCAUUGAACAAACAACGGGAAGAUGGUAAAUUUUGCGAUGUUACAUUGGACAUGGGUGGCCAUUAUUUAAAUGCACACCGUAGUAUCCUAGCAUGCUGUAGUAACUUCUUCCACAAUAUCUAUGGAGCUGGCACAUCUACUGAAAUCAACCUUCCUGAUAGUUGCACUAGUGUCUUGGGUCUUCUGUUUGACUUUAUAUACACCGGUGAGCUUCAGUUAACCCGAACAAACGUCUCCAAGGUGCUCAGCGCAGCAGAACUCCUUUCAAUCCCUGAUGCUAUUCAGGCUUGUCACAAUUAUCAGCAGAAGUUCAUUGACAAUGAGAGGAGGAGGGAGGAAACCUCAUGCAGCCAACCAGCUGCAGAAGAUGGACCAGCGAAGGUACCAUUAGACAGUACAAAAGAGACUGGAGAUGUUGGAGCUCAUGAGAGACAAAUCACAAACUAUGAGUUCAGACAUCUUGGCAGAAGGAGCAACAGAUACAACCAAAAGCAAAAACUCAACUUGCUGACUGAGAAGCAAAAAGAUAAAAUAAGAUCCUUUGCUAUUCAGAAAAGGUCUAGAGAAUCCUUGCUGUCUGACGGAAGCCAAAGCUGUAAGGAGGCAGAGAAAGCCAAGGAAGGUGGACAAGACAACAGUGAGGAGAACAGUCACAAGAGCACCAAUGGGAACAACAACCCUGCAUUGGACAUGGAUGUCAUCAAAGUGGAAGAGGACGAGGAGGAUGAAGAUGUGAAUGACAAAGGUGAACUGGACCAUGACUACAUUCCAACCAGGCACCUUUGUAAGAAACGGAGAAAAACUGGCAUGCUGGGUGACACCACACAAGCUCUGAACAGACAGAACCUCAAAGCGUCAGACCCAGCAAACCGAAAGAGCAAACCUGCAGAAUGUCCAACUUGUCAUAAGAAAUUUCUCAGCAAGUAUUACCUCAAAGUUCACAACAGGAGACAUACAGGAGAGAAACCGUUUAAAUGCAGCAAGUGUGGAAAGUGUUACUUCAGGAAAGAAAACUUGCUUAAACAUGAGGCCAGGAACUGCAUGACCAGGGCAGGCGUGAUUUACACUUGUCAUGAGUGUAACAAGACAUUUAAAGGACGGAUGGAGCUGAGGAACCACCUGGUAUCUCACACGGGUGAAAUGCCCUUCAAGUGCCCCUCAUGUCCUCAGCAGUUCAUGCAGAAGAAAGACCUGCAAAUUCACAUGAUCAAAUCUCAUGGAGCCCCCAAACCCUACCCGUGUUCCACUUGCUCCAAAUGCUUCCUCACCCGCAGCGACCUGCAUCUGCAUGAAUUGUCCAAACACCAGAGGGAGAAGCUGUUUGUGUGCGAGGAAUGUGGUCACAGGGCUUCCACUCGCCAUGGCCUGCAGAUGCAUAUAAAAUCCAAGCACAGGAAUGAGCGGCCGUAUAUUUGUGAAUUCUGCAACCGCGGGUUCACUCAGAAGGGGAACCUGAAUGUUCAUCGACGGACACACACUGGCGAGAAACCGUUCCAGUGCCAUUUAUGUGGGAAAACUUUCAGGAUCCAAGCGAGUCUGGACAAACACAACAGGACUCACACAGGAGAAAGGCCAUUCAGCUGUCAGAUCUGUAGCCAGACAUUUACAGAGAGGGGACCCCUCCAUCGUCACAUGGCCAGCAAGCACCAGGAAGGGCGGCCACACUACUGCAACAUCUGUGGCAAGACCUUUAAAGCCAUUGAUCAAUUACGUGUUCACGUUGGGAGGCACAAAGGAGUGAGGAAAUUUGAGUGCAGUGAAUGUGGUUAUAAAUUCACUCGGCAGGCUCACCUGAGGCGACACAUGGAGAUUCAUGGGCGAGUAGAAAACUACAGUCCUCGUCAGCGAAGGCUUCGCAACCUGGUCAUCACAGACGAGAAGGAGGGAGGUGCAGAGGCAGACACAAUGCCACGGACAACUGGCCAGCCAGACCAGGCCCUAUCCACCUCGGCCACAAAUCAACUGACCAAUCAGAGCACAGAAACCCCAGAGCCCUCGGCUCAUAGGUUUACAGACAUCGGGAACUACCAGUCGGAGAUGUCGGUUGGUGUAACAGAUAUGUAUGUCGAAGAGGUCACCAUAGUCAAGAUAUAAAAGAGCCAAUUGCCCAACCAAGUGGGGUGGAUGGGGGAAGAAUUUCUUAGAUAACUGACUCUUGCUUUGUAAAAUAUGUAAAAUAAAACGGAGUUUCUAAAUGUC